ACGCAGCGAUUUCUUCAUGCGCUUCGCUCGAUUUGUCGAAGAGUUGCAUUCGAAUCGGCCCUGAUAGUAUUUACCAAGCCUGUGAAAGCAGUUCCAUCCUUAUCUGCUUUCUCAAAAAAGGAACACUUCUCCUCUUCUUCAUUUCCUGUGUGAACAAGCCGCAAGCGGAGCCAGAAAUUGGCAUGACAAACACCGAAAGAUGGCAAUGACAGACCUCCAGAUCCUUCAGGCCCAUGGCCUAUUCUUCGUGCUGGGCACUCAGCUCCACGUUUUUGUUUUCCGUAAAGGGGAAUGGGACAAGUCCACCACCAGACUCUUUAGGAACUUCACCUUGAGUAUUGGACUGCUCACUGCGGCUCUUGCCCGCGGGGCUCCUGAGACCUUUCAGACUCAUGCGGCUGCGCUCAAGACUGCUGGAUCUCUCACAGCCACUCUCAUCGCUGGAAUUUACACCAGUCUACUUGUGUACCGCGCGGCGUUCCACCGGCUUAAUGGCUUCAAGGGGCCGUUCCUGGCGAGGCUCUCGAACCUGUGGAUCACCUCACGAGCAGUCAAGGAGUUGCACAUGUACACCGAGGUUCAGCAACUCCAUGAACAGUACGGCGACAUUGUGAGAAUUGGUCCGACGGAGUUGUCCAUCAACAACCCAAAGGCCGUACUUCCAAUUCACUCAAAUCGAUCACCGUGUACCAAGGGCCCUUGGUAUGGAGUCCUGCAUCCCAUGUACUCGUUGCAGCUCGUCCGAGACAAGCAAGAGCACGCCCAAAGGCGCAAGAGUUGGGAUCGAGGGUUCAGCUCGAAAGCGCUUAGAGACUACGAGUUCCGGGUUGCCGACUACACCAAUCAGCUGCUUGCAAAUAUCGACAAGAACAAGGGAAGGCCUUUCAAUAUUUCAGAUUGGUUCAAUUUCUAUAGCUUCGAUGUCAUGGGAGACUUGGCUUUUGGCAAAUCUUUUGGCAUGCUCAAGGAAGGCAUUAAGCACUACUUCAUGACUUCCUUGCAUCAAGACAUGCAAGCUAUUGGGAUGUUCAGCCACAUGCUAUGGCUCUUCCCCAUCUUCAAAAACACGCCAAUCUUGAAUGAGAACAACAAGCGAUUCUGGAAAUUUGUCACGGCUCAGGUGGACGAGAGAAUCAAGAACCCCCCUGACCGCCCGGACGUCUUCUCGUGGAUUUUGGAAGAGUACCAAUCUCUCAAAAACCCGACUUGGCAAGACACCCUUAACCUAUACGGCGAUGCCUACCUUAUCAUCGUUGCAGGAAGUGACACGACAGCCGCGUCCCUUACCUGUCUCUUCUUCGAGCUAGCCCAGAAGCCGGAUGUCUACCAGCGUGUAAGGGAGGAGAUCGACGACUACUUUGCGCAGAAUGCGGAGCCGGAACACUCCGCACUGUCAAAGCUCCCGUACCUGCAGGCGUGCAUCGAUGAGACGUUGAGGCUUCACCCUCCCGUUCCGUCGGGUGUGCAGCGCAUGACCCCGCCCGAGGGCAUAGAUAUCGACGGGACGUUUAUUCCGGGUGACAUAAUCAUCCAGGUGCCUACGCACACCAUGUUCAGAGGCAAGUCUCAAAAAAUUGACGAGCGCCUGUUUCCGCAGCCAAACGAUUUCAUUCCCGAGCGGUGGACCACCCGGCCCGAUCUGGCCAGAGAUCCUGCCGCAUUUGUUCCCUUUGGUACCGGCAAGUACUCGUGCGUCGGAAAGCAGCUGGGCUUGAUGGAGAUCCGUUACUGCGCCAGCCAAAUUAUUAACCGAUAUGAUGUUGCAUUCGCCCCAGGGCAGAAGGCAGAAGCGUUUAUCAAUGGCAAAAAGGAUGGUUUUACCCUGUCGUUACCGGAGUUGGAAGUGAUUUUCAAAUCGAAGGAGGGAAAAGUGACAGGUUAGCAAAUGAGUGAGAGAGAGAGAUGACGAUUGGAGGUAACACAAGACUGCUAAGGCUGGAAUGUCUUAUAAGCUAUAUUUAAUAUGUGGGCGAGGUAUCCGAGGUAUCCAGUGACAUAUCGCAAUUUGACAAUGAGCGUUGCAAAGCCAACAUAAACCCACUUUACGCAUAGACAAAUCUGGCAGUUCGGAAUCGAUUUUCGAUAGGGCGCAAGGCUUGGUGUGGCUACACAAGCUGAAGGGUCUGCAGGGGACGGUAAGGCUUUAGUAGAUUUUUAGGGAAAAGUAGACUAGAAGUUCCGUCCGGACACGGCAUCCGCGGAAUGUCGAAGUAGUACUAAUUAGCCCCCGUUGGAGCUCGGCUUGCUUGGGA